GAGAGAGAGAGAGAGAGAGAGAGCACCGUGUUUGUAAACUCCACCGUUCCUGCCGUGUCUCCUCACACGGUGAGAGCGAGUGCGGGUCCGACGUUUCGAAACGAGCAGCACAGCACAAACGACGCGAACGAGCAGCAAGCAAAAAAAAAAAACCCAGCACAACUAAAGGAGGGAAAAAAAUAAAAGAAGAAACGAGACUUUCACUCACAAACACUUUGUUGUACACUACGGAGAGAGAGAGAGAGAGAGAGGGGUGGUCCAUUCGGAGAGAGAAAGAGAGAGAGAAGGAAGGAGAGACGAAAGGAGGGAAGGAGUAGAGCCGCCACUGCCGCUGGAACUCUCCUCGCCCCCUGUCGUCUCCACGGUGACCAGCUCUCCCCGCUCUCAGUCUAGGUGCGACCGCGCCACUGGUGCUGAUCCGCAGACAGAGGAAAGGAGAGGAGGAAGAAACACGAGAACCAGACCAAGAGAGAAAGAGGAGGGGAGGAGACCAGCACUCUCUCUCUCUCCCCCACUCUCUCUUUCUCUCUGUCUCUCUUGAGAUACAUUAUCUGUUCUCUCUACCUCUCACUCACUCUCCUGUUCUAGGGUGCGUCAUCCUGCUCGGUCUCCUAGUGAUUUACUUAUCGCUGGUCUCUAUUCUUUCGCUCUUUCUCUCUUACUCUCGUUCCCCUCUUUCACUCCUCACUUGUGGCUGAGUGUGUUCACUCUGACCAGAACUGCACAGCUCUGCAAAGUCUACUCUCUGUCUCAGGACUACACUCUCUGUGCUGCCGGUGUUGUUGUACUCACCGGAGCAGAGAAGCAGCAAUCAAUUGUUAACCUCUUGUUGACUGAGGUCUUUUUAAAUACCCGUUUCAGCCGGACUUCUUCUCCCUGCAACGCUAACCCCCAGCCCCCUUCAAAGCCGACCAGGACCGUGGAGGAUGUUUUGGAUUGUAAACUUUGUAGCUCUGGCUGGCUAAAGAUAUUUCCUGUCACUCUAAUACGAACUCCACAGGGUCUUGAUCCCCUUUCAGGAGAUUGCGGUGUAGAUUUAGCCUGUUUGUUUUUGAGGUGACUCGUGGAUGGACUGUUUUUAUUCUGGCGUCUGCGUUUUGUUUUCUUCAUGCCAUGGAAAUCAAAGGGAUUGCCCUAUGUCAUUUUGUACAUCAAAGUAACAUACACGACAGAAGGCAUGAAGCUUGCAGAGCAUCUUUGAAGUGAAGAUUCAGUCUUGUUUGCUUGUCUUUCUACAGCACAAUCCCUAACAAACUGUGUUGGUGACCUACUAGUUGAUUGUCGCAUCAUCAAAGAGUUGGCACCCAAGUUCCUAGCACACAAGGGCUCGCAGUGGGACUUUCUCUUUGGUCGUAUCUGCUCCACACAGAUUUUUUGAGGUGUGUGGAGUUCGAGCACUUUGACACUGGCAUGCUUUUGGAGGCCCAUCGUGCCGGGACUGUGCGCGAUGUUGCAGACAAUCUACGAGACGGAAUCCUGCUUCUCCUCCGACAGUGUCUCCGGCAGGGAACAGUCCCUGGAGCUUCUCUCCCAGGCUGGUGUGUCCACCAUGCCCAGCACCGCAUUGGACAUGAAGACAUCGUUACCGGGCGGACUGCGUAGCCCCGUGGGCGACUCGGGUCCCGGAGGCGGCAGCGUGAGCAUCGUCGGCGGAGGAGGCGAGCGCUGCAGCAGCGGCGGCGGCGGCGGCGGCAGCAACACCGGCACCGGGAGCUCAGGCGGCAAUCCCACCAACGCGUCCAGCGGCGGCGGAGGAGGAGGCAGCGUGGCGGUGGACCUGCGCACCGACCUGCGGGGCGACGUGCGCCUGAGCGCGCUGGGCGGCAUGGACCCGGCGCUGACCGAGCAGCAGCUGCAGCACGAGCUGCUCCUGCUCAAGCAGCAGCAGGAGCUGCAAAAACAGCUGCUCUUCGCCGAGUUCCAGAAGCAGCACGAGGUGCUGACGCGCCAGCACGAGGUCCAGCUUCAGGAGCACCUCAAGCAGCAGCAGGAGAUUCUGGCAGUCAAGCGUCAGCAGGAGUUGGAGCAGAAGCGCAAGCUGGAGCAGCAGCGUCACGAGGAGCUGGAGAAGCAGCGUCUGGAGCAGCAGCUCAUCAUGCUGCGCAACAAGGAGAAGGGCAAAGAGAGUGCCAUUGCCAGCACUGAGGUCAAGUUGAAGUUGCAGGAGUUCCUCCUGAGCAAAAAAGAUCCCACCCCUGGCGGACUAAACCAUUCCUUCACCCAGAAGUGCUGGGGCGCUCAGCACACCUCCCUGGACCAGAGUUCCCCCCCUCAGACAAACACGCCCCCCUCCUACAAAUUGCCCCCUCUCCUGGGUGCCUAUGAGGGCAAGGACGAUUUCCCUCUGCGCAAGACUGCCUCUGAGCCCAAUCUGAAGGUGCGCUCACGGUUAAAACAGAAGGUUGCUGAGCGACGCAGCAGCCCUCUACUGAGGAGAAAAGAUGGAACUGUCAUCAGCACUUUCAAGAAAAGAGCCAUUGAAAUCUCAGUGUCGUCCAUGUGCAGCAGCGCCCCCGGUUCUGGGCCCAGCUCUCCGAACAGCUCCAACAGCGCCAUCGCCGAGAACGGCUCCAGCGGCUCCGUCCCCAACAUCCAUGCUGAGCAGCUGCGCUCUCUCCACCAGUCUCUGAACGCGGACGGGACGGUGAGCCCCCUGACUCUCUACACGUCCCCCUCGCUCCCCAACAUCUCUCUGGGCCUGCCUGCCAACUCGCACAUCACGAGUGGGCUGACGUUUGCUGCUGACCUCCAGGCUUCCCAGAAGCUGCAGGAGGCGGAGCGACAGGCCCUACAGUCGCUACGUCAGGGCGGCGCGCUGACGGGGAAGUUUGUCAGCACCUCGUCACUGCCGGCGUGCCUGCCCCCGCCCGGAGCCCCCCACGACGCCGACGGCCCCCAGACCAACUCGCACUCGCACUCCUCGCUCCUGCAGCACGUGCUACUGCUGGAACAGGCGCGGCAGCAGAGCGCGCUGCUCGCAGUGCCCAUGUAUGGCCAGUCGCCGUUGGUUACGGGCGAGCGGGUGUCCAAUAACAUGCGUACAGUGAACAAGCUGCCGCGGCACCGGCCCCUGAGCCGCACCCAGUCGGCGCCGCUGCCCCAGAGUCCACAGGCCCUCCAGCAGCUGGUCAUGCAGCAGCAGCACCAGCACUUCUUGGAGAAGCAGAAACAGUACCAGCUCAACAAGUGUGACUUCGAGACAGAGAUCCUCUCCAAGGGGGCGGAACUUCCCCGUCAGCCGCCCACUCACCCCGAGGAGACGGAGGAGGAGCUCACAGAGACGGCCGAGAUGCUAGAGGAAGGCCGGGGCGAGGGGCCAGAACACACGCGUGAGCCGCGCCUCCAGAAGGACGGCUCAGGCGAAACGUCGCCGCCGUCGGAGCGCCUGCUGCCCCUGAAGGGAGAGAGCACCGAGAGCGACUUGGAGGAGGAGGACGACGAAGACGAGGCCAUCGAGCUCAAGGAGUGCGACGACGAUGGCACCCCCUAUGGACAGUUUUCAGACCAACAUCACAUUCAGCAGCUCAAUGUGUUCCAGGCCUCUCUCUCCAUCACUGGCAUGCCCCACAGACCCCUGGGAAGGGCCCAGUCCUCCCCGGCCAGUGCCAGUCUUAAGGGUACCCCAAUGGCAGAAGUCCCCAUUAAGCACCUCUUCACUACAGGGCUGGUGUACGACACGCUGAUGCUGAAGCACCAGUGCAUGUGUGGCAACACCCACAUCCACCCGGAGCACGCGGGCCGCAUCCAGAGCGUGUGGUCCCGGCUGCAAGAGACCGGGCUGCUGGGCCGCUGUGAGAGGAUCCGGGGCAGGAAGGCCACGCUAGAUGAGAUUCAGACAGUUCACUCAGAGUAUCACACUCUCCUCUACGGAACCAGUCCUCUGAACAGGCAGAAGCUAGACAGCAAGAAGCUCUUAGGGCCAAUGAGUCAAAAAAUGUACGCCAUGUUGCCCUGUGGAGGCAUCGGGGUGGACAGCGAUACAGUCUGGAACGAGAUGCACUCCUCUGGGGCAGUCCGCAUGGCUGUGGGCUGCGUCAUUGAGCUGGCCUUCAAGGUUGCCGCCGGAGAACUCAAGAACGGUUUCGCUGUGGUCCGUCCACCUGGGCAUCAUGCAGAGGAGUCCACAGCCAUGGGGUUCUGCUUCUUCAACUCAGUGGCCAUUACAGCAAAGCUCUUGCAGCAGAAACUCGGAGUAGGAAAGAUACUCAUUGUGGACUGGGACAUUCACCAUGGCAACGGGAGUCAGCAGGCCUUCUACAACGAUCCCAAUGUACUCUACAUCUCCCUCCAUCGCUAUGACGAUGGCAACUUCUUUCCCGGGAGCGGAGCUCCUGAGGAGGUGGGAGUUGGGCCAGGUGUGGGCUUUAAUGUGAACAUUGCCUGGACGGGUGGAGUGGAGCCCCCUAUGGGUGAUGUGGAGUACUUAACAGCCUUCAGGACUGUGGUGAUGCCGAUCGCCAAUGAGUUCUCUCCGGACGUGGUCCUGGUGUCGGCCGGCUUUGACGCGGUCGAGGGUCACCAGUCCCCUCUGGGCGGCUACAACGUCACGGCCAAGUGUUUUGGCCACCUCACGAAGCAACUGAUGACGCUGGCAGGAGGGCGAGUGGUUUUGGCUCUGGAGGGGGGGCAUGACCUCACAGCCAUCUGCGAUGCCUCUGAGGCCUGUGUGUCAGCACUGCUGGGAGAUGAGCUGGAACCUCUGCCAGAGUCCGUCCUGCAGGAGAAGCCGUGCCCUAAAGCAGCCGCCUCACUGGAGAGGGUCAUAGAGAUCCAGAGUAAACACUGGAGUUCCCUGCAGCGGCUGGCUCCUACCGUGGGACAGUGUCUGUUGGAUGCCCAGAGAAGAGAGAAGGACGAAGCAGACACCGUGACGGCCAUGGCCUCGCUCACUGUUGAUGCCGAGCAGGCUGCUGUUGUCACGGAGAUCAGGUCAGUGGAAGAGCCUAUGGAGGAGGAGCCGGCGCUUUAGGACAACUGGAUGUGUCGCGACCUGCGGCAGUUCUUUUGUCUCCGGCGCCUGGGCUGCAGUGUCCCCGAGUGACUUCUUUCUCCUCCUCACACAAACCCCUCCUCCCUCCACCUCUGUCGGGACCUGCGACAUAUCGCCUCACCUGUGCCUGCAUCACCUGUGUCUCACACACACACUUGUCUCCAGGUCAGCGUACUGGCAUGUUUGUGUGUGAGUGUGUGCACACGUGUGUGUUUGGGUGAGGGGUGACAGGUGAGAGAAAACAAACAUGAUCUCACUCUCUCAUGCGGCUAGUGGGAGACUUUGUUUGAUUGGCUGGUGGAAGGGCAGGAAGAGGCGGGCCAUUCUGCUUAUGCCUUUGUUUAUAUGACACUUAUUGUUCUUUUUUUGGAGCGAACUACAGCAACGACAACACACAAAAGACAAUGGCACUGGCAUAUUGUCAUUGAAACGGCUGAAGAGGCUAUGUACAUUUCCUGUGCUACUUUUUCAAAGAGGAAAACACAACAGUCGUCAGGACAUUUUCAAAAUGGAAAAAGCCAACAAGCAGCAAAAAUAUUUCAACAACCUUAUGUAUAUGCUCAAUAGCUCAUACACAUGUACACGCAUAAACAUUGACACACGCACUGUAACUUACAAACACUGAUCCCAAAUAUGUUCCCAGCUAAAUAAUAACAAAGACUUUUAAAGCUUUUGGGCUCUCUGUCACAAACAUGCAUACCUCUUUCCUCUACUUGUCUAUUGGUUGGAAUACAUGUUUGUCUGUACAGUAAUUUGUUCAAAGAAGCACACAAUCGUAUAUAUGGAUACGAUGUAUGUAUAGGCUUAUAUGUGGUUCUGUAUGUGUGUCUUGUAAACACAUGCUUGAUAUAUAUUUAUAUAUAAAUACUGUACAAUAUCUCGGUCAUGUGUUUGAUAAUUGCUGUGGUUGGGCUUAUGUGGUAAGAACCAUGCAGGAAAGCCCCUUGACAACCGUUUUUCUCCCCUAAUUUUGGCCAAUUGAUUUUCAAGGCUGCUGUGCCUCCCACAUUGUCACAGUAGAUAUAAGACAUUGUCAGGAGACAACAGAUUAAUUUUGGACACACACUCUGAUUGGUCUUGUCACACAGAGACACUAACACACACAUACACACAAUGACACUUAACCCGUUGGCAGCCCUGCUUGAGUAGGAGGCAGUGGCUUUGCUAAGACUGUAUACCCUGACCUGUCCUGUCCCUGACGCUGACUGACCAAUGGUGGGUACUCAGCGUGACAGAGACGUCUUUUUAAAAAUAACUUGGUGCCUUUUCUGAGACAUAAUAAUACUAAUGAAAAUAAUAAUAAUAAUGAUGAUGAUAAUAAUAAAGAACACCAACAAUGGAA